ACAAGGAGACUCAGAGGACUUCCUCAGACCCAUGAUCACAAGGAUAUGGUACUUGUGAAAGCUGCAGCAAAAAGGAAAGGAAUUCCAGCCACAGAUGUCAAGGGACUCUUUCCCCUGAUGGUACUAAUGGUGAUCGUUUUCCUGAUGAUUGUGUUCUGGGAAAACGAGCUGUAUGAGGAAGUAGUGGCGUCGACCAUAGAACACUUGCAUGUGGACUACCCUCAGACUAAUAUCGCUGUGAGGUACUGCAACCACAUGAUCAUACAGAGAAUCAUCAAGGAACCUGACAACACCUGCAAGAAGGAACACGUCUUCAUCCAUGAGAGGCCUCGAAACAUCAAUCACGUUUGCACUUCUCCCAAGAGGAUGGCUUGCCAAAACCACUCCAGCCUUUUAUGCUUCCAGAGUGAGACAAAGUUCAAAAUAUCAGUCUGUAAGCUCAUUGAAGGUACCAGAUACCCUGCCUGCAGGUACCACAUUUCCCCCACAGAGGGGUUUAUCGUAGUCGCUUGCGAUGACUUGGGCCCAGUUCACUUCCAGAAAUAUGUUGAAUAACUUGAGACCAGCACCUGAAUCUGAGAUCCUCUUGCUCCUCUCCAGGGGGCACUGGUGCUGGGUCUUCCUGGCGCACACCUGACUGUGGACAUGGGGUAAAGCCCGAGUGAAAUGGGAGCUACCAAUAAUUCAUUAAUCCUUCCAGUGUUGCUGAGCUGGAAUCUUCUUAUUCUGCUUCAAUAAAA